ACGUUUAAACAACUCAAUCUCGAUCGCCCCGGCUAACAAACGUACGUGCUAUUAAUCAUCCCCUCCCCCAUUAUUAAAUCAAUCCCCACCGCAGUGUACUUUCAUCAUUCGGUACUGCUCAUCCUCGAUCUCAUGGAUCAAUCUGCUGAACUUGGAGAUGAUCAGUAUGAUCACUUUGAGCAAGCUUACCGAUGCUUUCCUCUCUCGUUUUGUGAGAAGUCGCACCUCGAAUGCGGCGACAAAAUCAUCAUGCCUGCCUCGGCUCUGGAUCAUCUUGCGUAUAGCGUUUUCGAUUUUCCCAUGUUGUUCGAGUUGCUCAACCCCGACACUGGGCGAGCUACGCAUUGUGGGGUUCAAGAGUUCGUUGCCGACGAGGGUUUGGCUUUCUUGCCGAACUGGAUGAUGGAGCACAUGCAACUACGGGAAGGAGACUUGCUGAUAAUAAAAAGCGUUAGUUUGCAGAAAGCAACCUACGUGAAGUUGCAACCCCAUAGUAAGGAUUUCUUGGACCUUUCCAACCCUAGAGCCGUCUUGGAAAGGACGCUCAGGAACUUUUUCUGCCUCACAAAGGACGACACCAUCAUGAUCAUGUAUAACGACAAGAAGUUUUACAUAGAUGUGCUCGAAACUAGGCCGUCUGAGGCUGUCAGUAUCUUUGACACAGAUUGUGAGGUCGACUUUGCCCCUCCUCUCGAUUACCAAGAACCAGAAAGACUGGUGAAUGGCAUGGCUACUGAAGAACUUCAGGAGAAAGAUCAGGCUGUUGUGGAGGAUAAUGAUGUAGUGAAGACGUGUGAAGCUUUUUCUGGAGUGGGAAGGCGCUUGGAUGGGAAGGCUUCAAUGGAGUCAGGUUCCCAAUCAGACUACUCUUCCAAGUUGAAACAACUUUCUCUAGGUGCAGCUGAUCAGGGAAAAAGCAAGGCUAUUCGGUCCAACUCGGUAAGGAAGCCGGGGAAGCUUAUUCUUGGUUCCGAUGCGGCUCCAAUGGAAUCCAAACAGCAAUCUUCAGAGAAUGUGGCAUUGAAGAAAGAAGAAGAAAAGUUCCAACCCUUCACGGGUAAGAGUUAUAGGUUGAGAGACUGA